AUGUCCGAUUGUUUUGUAGAUUAUUACAAAAUCUUGGAUUGUGAGAGAACAUCUAACUACGAUGAACUCAAAAAGAAUUACCAGCGGCUCGCAUUAUUGUUUCACCCCGAUAAAAAGGACAGCAGUGCAGGUGACGAAAAGUUUCUAUUGAUACAAAAAGCAUGGUCGGUGCUAAGAGAUCCUGAAAGUCGUAAGCAAUACGACGCUUUACUAGUCUGUCAUGAACACUCAAACCUUUUAUUGUAUGAGACAAUUCCACUGUCUGAUAUGACUUUUGAUAUUGCUGAUGGUGCUUAUACAUACCCGUGUAGAUGUAGCGGCAUAUAUUUAUUGGAAACAUGUGAUGCUAUUCCACCUACUGUUGUGGUAGGUUGUAAUGAGUGUUCAUUUUCUAUACAAGUGAAUAUUCCUUGUUGA